AUGGAACUCAAAUGGUUGCUUUGUGACAAUGGCAACUCUUAUGACAUGGGGAAUGCACAGGAAUCGGUGAAGCCAUUGGUGAAGAUAGUGAAGGGGAAGAAAACUUACCAAUUUGAGAACCUUUUCGCUAAACGUAAUACACGGUGGCUCAUGCGGUUGGGUUCUAGGAUUACCAUUCUUCAUUACGGCGGCGGCUCAGUAUCAGCCCCUCGUUUUGGCACCACCGGCGGGAAGCUCAUGAGUAUGAAGGAAGUGGCGGCUUUUCUUGGGCAUGUUGGAAGCAAAACUUCAUGUGGUUACGGAGUGGCGACUGGGGGACCAUUGGCCUGGGGUCUAUGCUACAACAAGGAAAUGAGUCCCAGCAAAGUCUAUUGUGAUGACUACUACAAAUACACCUAUCCUUGCACUCCAGGAGUUUCAUACCAUGGCCGUGGUGCCUUACCCAUCUACUGGAACUUCAACUAUGGAGAAACAGGAAAGACAUUGAAUGUGGAUUUGUUGAACCACCCAGAAUACUUGGAAAACAAUGCAACCUUGGCUUUCCAAACAGCAAUCUGGAGAUGGAUGACACCGGUGAAGAAAAACCAGCCGUCGGCCCAAGACGUUUUCAUUGGCAACUGGAAACCGACCAAGAACGACACGUUGGCCAAGCGCAUUCCGGGGUUGGGAACCACCAUGAAUGUGCUCUACGGAGAUCAGGUUUGCGGUCAAGGUGAUGUUGAUUCCAUGAACAACAUCAUCUCACAUUAUCUGUAUUACCUGGAUCUAAUGGGCGUUGGCAGAGAAGAGGCAGGCCCCCAUGAAGUGCUCACAUGUGAAGAACAGAAGCCUUUCACUGUAUCUCCUUCUGCUUCAUCAUCUUGAUUACUAUCCAUAUAUAUAUAUAUAU